AAAGUCAGUCAGUGUUAAGCAGUUGCAUGGGGAGGGUGUUGCAGCCGUUGUGAAAUCCGAUUGAAGUGUUUUCAGUUAGAAUCAUGUCUAACAGGACCGGAAAUUUUAAGAACCCAUUCCAAAGGCCAUGGAUGUCGGAAAGUGGCGCAGCGGCUGCAGCUGGGGGCUCGGGAUCAGUGGGAAUGAAGGGAGUCGUUGCCGGCGGCAUCACUGGUGGCAUUGAAAUUUGUAUUACAUUCCCUACCGAAUACGUGAAAACACAACUGCAAUUAGACGAAAAAGGUGGUACCAAGAAGUACACGGGUAUCGCCGACUGCGUAAAGAAGACUGUGCAAGGCCAUGGUUUCUUCGGGCUCUACAGAGGUCUCAGCGUGUUGCUGUAUGGCUCCAUACCCAAGUCUGCUGUCAGAUUUGGCGUAUUCGAGCAAGCUAAAUUAUACAUGGUGAACGACAAUGGCACCCUCAGCAACACCGGCAAACUGGCGUGCGGUCUGGCCGCCGGCGUGGCGGAGGCUAUCUUCGCCGUGACCCCUAUGGAAACUGUCAAGGUCAAGUUCAUCAACGACAUGAGGAUGGAGAAACCCAGGUUUAAGGGCUUCUUCCAUGGAGUGAGGACUAUUGUUAGGGAAGAAGGUGUCGGCGGAGUAUACAAAGGCGUCUCAGCAACAAUCAUGAAACAGGGCAGUAACCAAGCCAUCCGAUUCUUCGUGAUGGAGUCACUACGGGACUGGUACAAAGGAGGCGAUCGCGAUAAGCCAGUACCAAAGUAUAUUGUUGGUCUUUUCGGUGGUAUCGCCGGAGCGGCAUCCGUAUUCGGCAACACACCAAUAGACGUGGUCAAAACCCGCAUGCAAGGUCUCGAAGCCUCCAAAUACCGCAGUACAUGGGACUGUUUCAUCAAGACUUGGAAGUCGGAAGGCCCUCUCGCCUUCUAUAAGGGUACGGUACCUCGCCUGAGCAGAGUAGUCUUCGAUGUAGCUAUCACAUUCACUAUCUAUGAUAGUAUUAUGGAUGUGUUCAACUAUGUGUGGAAGUAAGGCGUGAUAGUGUGGGGUACGCUGGUAUAAGUUACAUCAGUGUUUAUUAGCAUAUUCUUGCUAUGUUACGUUGAUAUUGCUGUUAUUUCACUGAAAAUUAACUGUGAAAAUGUGAUGUUUACGUAGUUUUAUACAAUCGAAGAGUGCAGCCUUGUCUUGGAAAAAAAAUAAGUAGGUUUUUGUUAUAUUAAGGGAAAGUGAAAUAGACAGUACCUAAAUAGUGAUAAGUGAAGUUCUGUAAUCUAUGGACUCAAUUCACAGAAAAUUAAGUAGGUGUAUGAUUUAUUACUGAUACAUAUACAAAAUUUUCACAGAGAAAAAAAAAACAACAUUGUUGUAACUUAUAAACGUGGUACCAUAUCGAUGUUUAGUCUAAAAGCUCAUGUAAAGAGUGAUUCGUUCAAGCAUUUAUUGCUUUGAUAAAGAAUAUGUCCCUUUCCAUAUUACAUACUCUUAAAACGUUACAAUAUAAAAAAGGGACUCGCAAAGUUUUAUAAACGGGUGGUAGUAGCUUGCACUCGUUGUUGUUAUUAUAUUUAUGGAAUGUAGGGCCUAUUAUGCGACUGGGUCUUUUGACUACAGUAAUAAUUGUCAUGACAAAUAUGACAACACCCCAAAAAAAAUAUCCCACAUUUUUCUAGAUACGGACAAUCGGAAUGGCUUUAAAACGCAGGGGCGACUUUGGAAAUUUAGUUUUAAAGUCAAACUGUAAGUAAAUUCGCGAUUUUCUAUGGUAGAUUUACAAGAAUAUUUAUUGAUCUAACGUUACAUAAACAGUUUCAGUAAAUAGUGACUAAUAUUAAAUUUAAUGCCGUUCAAAUACAAUCAAAGUUACCCCAAAUUUUCCUAAAGCCAUCACGGUUGACGGUAUACGUUUCUCGUGUCAUGACAAUUUUAUAUUACAUUUUCGGUAAAAGAUCGUUGGAAAUAAAAUAAUCGUUGUAGGAUAUUGCACUAGUGCCUUCGGCGGUAUUUUAGCUGUCCGCCCGUUUAUAACUAAAAUAGUCACUGUCACAUUGAGAUGGCUAAAUAUUUAUCGAAUAUGCUGAGAUAGCUAAAUGAGGUAGAUAAGCUCAACGCGUAGUGAAAAAUACAAUAUUAUUUUUAUCUUCCAAAUGGAAUGUCUGCCAGCGUUGUCAAUUUAACGUUUUUUUAAUACUUUUUUCAUGUAGUAUUGUAUUUUUUACUAUAUUUUGUGACAAAAUGUUGCGUUCCAUACUUUAAUUGUCCUUAGCUGCAGGAAGGACCUUUAUCUAAAUAUGUGUUAUAAAUAAUGGAAAGGUCCUAGUAC